AUGAGAAAUAAUAAUCAACAUACUCUUAGUAAAUUUCCUUGGUUCUAUUGUUAGGAGUGGGAUUUUGAAACUUUUAGAAUUUGCCUUGAGCAAUUAGGCAUAAGCGACUAAAUGAUUAAUACAAUCUAAAUAAACUCAAAGGGAGUUUAAAAUAUUUUAAACGAAAUAAAUAAUUAAAAUGCAUUAGAAUUCCUAAGAAAUACUCCGCUUUUUGACCAAUUUACAGCAUAAUUUACACCAUGCGAAGAAAUUUUAGAAUUCUAGGAGAGAUUACUUAUGGAAUGCAAUUGCUACUUAUAUGAGUAAUGGAGGUAAGAAGAUCUAGAAAAAUUCGCUAUUUAGUUACAAUUAGAUAUCAAUUGGCAACAACAUCAAACUCUAAUAAAACAAAAUUCCUUCUCUUCAUCCUCAAUUUAAUAAAAUAUAGAUACUUUUAACACACAAGAUUGCAAAAUAUAUAAACAAUGGAUUAAGUAUAUUGAAUAAGAAAAUCGAAAUACAAUACAAUCUGAAAGCUAAAAUACAUAACUUGUCAACACGGAUGAAUAAAAUAUAGCUAUUGAUAAUUAUAUAUAAAUAUUUAGUAAUUAGUAGAUUUUAGAAUAAAUUUAACAAACAAGAGAUACCCUUAGCUUUGUAAGUGCUACACUUAAAAAUGUCGAAAUUUUUGUAGCAUAACAAUAAAUAGGUGUUAAUGUAGACAUCCAAAAAUUUAAUCUAAGCAAUAGCAGCAAUAUAUGUGACUUCUUCGGUUAAGUCAAGUUAAAAUCGUUGAAAUUAAAGAACUAAGAAGGCAUAGAAUCAAAUCUUCUCCAUCUCUAAUUUAAUACUCUCUAAAAAAAUUUAUAUUAUUAAGUAUUUAGUGAAAAGUUAGUUAUUGGAGACGAGAUCUUUAUUUAAUAAUGCUUAAUCCACAUAGUAGUAACUCAUCAAUAAUACUCAGUUGAAACUUAAACAAUGUCUUAUACAUUAAUUUUCUAUUUUGAAAAAGAAGGCCGUAAUAUUGUAAUUUCUGUUGAUCAAAAUGAAGGAGAAACUAAAGUUUUAGGUCGUUAUUCCGGAAAUAACUCACCAGAUAUCUUACAUUUUACUCAUUUAGAAGAGCUAAAGCUUGAUAAUUUAAGCAGAAAUUUAGCUCUGCUAGAGGUUAAAAACUAAAAUCUUUAUAUUAGAUGGAACUAUAAAAAAGGGAAAAAAAUAUGGAAAAGAAUCAAGUAAAAUAACUUGAUUUUAGUUUAACCUUUUAUAAAUAUUAGAUGUAACUCAAUAAAUUCUAUUAUGAUAUUCCAAGGACUUAAUAAUUAAUAAAUUUCAAGCUAAAAUAGUAAGGAAAAUCACCAAGUUCCACCUAAAAUUGAAAUAAAUUAAUUAUCAAAAUACUCAACCAGGAUUUAAAAAUUUGACUUUUCCUUAGGAGAAUAAGCCAAGUAUUUUGAAAUCAAUAGCUCUAAGUCUGUAGAUAAAUUUAUAGAAAAUUAUGAAAAUGGUCAAAUAAUAAACGAUUAAAUCGAGCAAUACUUUCCAAAUAUUAGAUACUUUUUUAAUGCUACAAAUGAUAAUAUUUAACAUAUCAUUAAUAAUAUCAGUGAUUAGUGA